AAUACUUAGAUUUGGAGUAUACCGAAUGAAUUAAAUCAAGAAUCGAUUUUUAUCUAAUCGCAUAGAAAGAUAAUUAAGUAACUGUUAUAUUAAUUAUCCUAUCGAGAAGGAAAUCUGCGAAGAAAAAUCUUUUCAGGAUACUUGUCUGAUGAUAAGAUUGAUGUGCAAGUGAUCAACACUUUGAAGACAUUUUGUUCAUGAUUUAAAUAACAUUAUAUAAAGGUAUUGUUUGUAUGAAAUUGAAAAUAAUGAGAUUCACUUGCUGUAACUGUUUAAAACAAAUGAUUCUCGUGAUAUAAAACAGAAAUCAUGUAACCUACUUAAAUAAAGAAGAGCAUAAAGGAAUAAUGACAAAUGAAAGAGACCUUAACUUGACAUCUUGGAUCCUUUGCAUGGCAUCAAACCUUACCCAGCGAGGGAUUGGCAAAUGUAACAACAUUUACUCUACUAGCAUAUCUGUAUAUUCUACAUAAAGUUCCAAGAAUAUCACCAUCAAACGCUACUUGCUAAAUUCCAGCCGUAGCAAUAAAACGGCUCUCUGUCUCCCAGACCAUGUCAUUUCAAGUGACGAUCGCUUCAAUCGAUUACCGAGCAUCAUGUAUCGUGGUGUAAUUAGAUAUGUAUUGGUCCUAUGGAUGUUCGUCAGUCUUACCUGUCAUACCUGUAGUGCGGAUAAAUUAUCAGCAGGUUUAAAAGCACCUCCUCAUGCAACUAAUUCUGGUGGUCUUGGUUUAAAAGCACCACUUGCAGCAAAUGUUGGUGCUAGACAAGAUGUUGGUAGAAGUGGAGGAUCAAGACCAAUUCCAGCUCCUCAAGUUCCUCAAGAAGAAGGUGUUAUUAGAGAAGAAACAGAAGAUAUUAAAGAAGUUGAUGGUAAACCAGUUCGUGUUGUUAAAGGAAAACUUGCUUACGAUAGCCCAGAAGGACUUCCCGUAUCUGUUAAGUAUGAAGCAGAUGAAAAUGGUAACAGAGCAAGUUUUACAAUUGGAGCCGGAAAACUUGGAGGAGGAGGCGGUGGUGGUGGUGGUGGCGGUGGAUCUGGAAGAGGUAAAAAACCAUCAGGUAGUGGCAAUGGCUCAGGUGGACAAAAAUCUGGAGGUCCAGGUUCCGGUGGAAAGGAAGCUUAUUUACCACCUAUGAAUAUUGAUAAGAGUUAUCUGCCUCCAAGUUUAUUAAUAUAAAUUUUUUAGUUAUUUUAGACAUCAAAAUGUUGCUUAUUAUUAUUUUUUAUUUUUAAAAAGUUUAUUUACAGCUUUACUAGUGUCAAAAAAAAACAUUUUCAUGAAUGUUUAA